UCAUUCAAUCCAACAAACAGGAACUUUAUCACAAAGAACUAUGCAGAGCUGAAGAAGGUCAAUCCAAAGCUACCAGUUGUGGUACGUGAGGGACAUGGUAUUGAACCCGCCAUCUACGCGAGAUAUGAUGGUGGCCACGAGGAGAAGCGCGUCGUUGCCGAUAUGACGGAGCUUGAGGUCGAGGCUGAGCUGAAGGAGCUCUGUCUGAUUGGUGGCAAGUUCAAGCGAACAACAGGAGCAGAGGCUGAUUACGACGACAUCACUGGUUACAACAACAGGUCCAAACUCAUU